AGAGAAGAGGAGGAGGAGAGAGAGAGAGAGAGAGAGAGAGAGACAGAGGGAGGGAGAGGAGGCUGCAGGACGGAUAUGAAGGAGCUGCUGAGUUUCUGUUUCUGAAGACUUAAAAACCGGUUUUGCGAUGGGGAACACCGACAGCCACGCCAGCUUCGUGUCUCCCGCCAAAUCGCCACCGUGUUCGCUCCGGCUCUCCUCCUGCAGGAGGGAGGAGGCGCCAUCAUCAUCAUCAUCGGCUCGCAGCUGGUGGAGGACCAAUCAGAGCCGUAGCCGCGGGAGGAACUACCUGAAACCGCAGCAGGCCGCCGGGCUGCCGUACGCGUCCUGGCGUUAUGAACACGCCCCCACGCCGGGCGCCGCGCCUACUCCCAGGUUCUUCACCGGAAGUACCGGGCACAGCGUGGAGUGCACGUCUCUGCAGAGCAACGCCAGUUGCCGUGGCGGCGCUGGCGGCAGCCCCAAAGUGCUGCUCGGCAAAGACGGGAGCAUGAGGGUGGAGUUCACCAACGCCAGGGGAGUCUCGGUGGAGACGCAGGGGCUCGCCGGCGCCACGACAGCAGCCGAACCUUCGCUGCGCACCAGUAAAGGCAGCUCGCUGAGCUCGGACGGGUCCUGGUACGACUCGCCGUGGGGGGCGGCCGGCGAGCUGGCCGACAACGUGUUCGUCUGCGCGCCGAGCAGCGCGCACGCUGCCUACUACUCGGCACGCACAGACGAGAUGUCCAACGGUAACGCUGUCUUCUCGGCGCAAGUGGACGACUCGGUUGUGUUUAACGCCAGCGUCUUGUUCCCCUCUGCUUCCGGCGAGAACGGCGAGUUCUCCGGCGCCUACAACACUUGUUCCUCUGGGCGCACCGAGGACAGCGGCAUCGGGGACUCGGUGAUCCUGCCGGCCGACCUGCGAGACUUCAGCUCUACGUCGCUGGACAGCGUUUACCAAAACACCGAGCAGCAGCAGCAGCAGCCCGCUGCCUUCCCUACCGCGUCGGACGCCGCUGCCUUCUGCUGCUCGGCGCCGCGGCUGGACGACAUCAUCGCAGAAGAGGAGGGGGGGUCAGGCGUGGAGCAGCGGUACUGCUCGCUGACGCUCCCCUGUCGCAGGACCGAGCCCGUUGGAGCUACCGCCGGGAACAGCCGCAAAGACUUCCUGAAGAGCCGGAUCCGACAACUCAGCGACUGGACGGGCAGCCUGAGCAGGAAGAAGAGGAGGAUCCAGGAGCCGUACGGCAGCGACAGCAGCAAUGGCUGCGACCUGCUGUGGUCCUCCAACCCUCUCCACGCUCAGAACCAGAACCAGGGCCAGAACCAGGUCCCAGCAGCCCCCUGGGGCUCCUUCAGGAGCCUCAACCACAACCAGAACCAGGUCCCUGCAGCCCCCUGGGGCUCCUUCAGAAGCCUCAAUCAGAACCAGAACCAGAGCCGGAGCAGCGAUGCCCAGCGGCAGAACGUCUACGAGAACUUCAUGCAGGAGCUGGAGACGGGCCGGACCGAGCCUUCGGACGGGGAAGAGGGGGAGGAAGAGAUGGAGGAGGAGGAGGAGGAGGGGGGAGACGGGCGUCUGGACUUCCUGUUUGAGACGGAUCACGGCGCUGUGCGGCGGGCUGGAUGGCUCUCUUUUAAACCUCUCAUCACUGUCAACAAAGACAGGAAGCUGGAGCUGGUCGCUCGCCGCAAGUGGAAACACUACUGGGUCACCCUGAAAGGCUGCUCUCUGCUGUUUUAUGAGACCUACGGGAAGACGCCUGGCGCCGAGCGGGAGCUUUCGCCGCGCUACGCCCUGCUGGCGGACGACAGCAUCGUGCAGGCCGUCCCCGAACAUCCCAAAAAGGAGCACGUCCUCUGUCUUAGCAACGCGCACGGAGACGUCUACCUGUUCCAGUGUGAAUGA